CGUGCUAGUCUCACCACUAUCUUGAAAAGAUAGUGAGUAGCUAAUAAGAGAUCGGUAUUCAAGAUAUAGCGCUUACUGAAACAAUUUUGAAGUAUUUCGUGACCCGCGAUCACGUCAGUGCCAUCUCUCGUAACACGGUCAUGCAACGUUGUUUUCUUUCUUUCUUUUCCUUUCUUUAACUAUGUAUUCCUUUCCGGCGGACACGCACGAAAGCCAAUCUUUCAGAAGGGUCAUGCAAUGCUCUUGAUUACUAUUGUUUUCUUUUUCUUUUUCUUUCUUUAUGUCGUGAAUUGCCUUCCUGCGGACGCGAAACCCAUGUUAAAACAAUUGCGUCCACCAAUUUCUGAUUUAGGGGUAAUGAGAUCACCACGAAAAGAAAGUGGGAAGAUGGAAAGAUAAUUUCUUGUUCAUGUCUGUUGAGUAAUAACUCGAAAUUAAAACGGGCUUUACCGGUUGUAGAAAGGAUGCCAUUACCCAAACAUUUCUUUUUAAUUACUGUAUCCGACCGACCGCAAUAAGUGAAGUGCUCUAAUUAGAAGCGCUUUUAAUACUCUGUGAAACCGCGGUGGUUCUUUAGUUAUUUUGAGCCUGUUUUGACGAAAAAGGGACAAUCUAGCGAAUAAACCGUUUACAUUUUCUUACAAAAACAAGCCAAGACAGGAUUCUACCGCGCGAUUAUUUUUUCAGUGACCUGGGGCCAAACAUUUAAGUAGACACAGUUUAUCUUGUUUGGAAUUUUGUUUACAUUUGAAAGGUCAUAAACAAGGCGCGCAUUGUGAUUAAAAGUUCUUAACAUUGUAGCUGCUGAUGCAAGUCAAACGUGAAUUUGCGUGUCCAACCACACGAACUAUCACUAUCGUGUUUUGUGCAACGUAGUCGCUUACGUGAGCAAGUUUUUCAAUAGCGCGGAUUAAGGAACACGAACGGAAACAAGGGCUUAUCCUGAGAAACUAUAAAAAACUUCGAUUCGGCGGAGAGACCCACAAAGAAGGUGUGAAGGAGGUGUGUCUCUCGUUACUGCGAGCAACUCUUUUGAUAACUGUUUCGAUAUGGAGUCUGAGAUUUCUGCCAAGAAGUUAAUUCAUGACCUGGAGGGAAUAACUCUAGCAAAGAACACUGCUGUGAGGAAAAGAAAGACUUCUUUGUUCGACGCACAAGAGCGACCCACGGUACGGGACGAUGAUCGUGGAAUUGCCGUCGUGACACACGCUGAUUAUCCCUUGAGAAGUCGAUCACGCUCUCUUCCGGUCGACCCUGAAAAAGUGAAGAUUCCGAGUGGAUUUGUCAAAGAAAACGUAAGCAAAGUCAUUCGAGACGUAUUGGAGAGCAAACUCAGCGGGAAGAGGUAUGUGGCUGGCGAAUGCGCGGCGACUACGCGCGAACUCGUCAAGAUACUUCGCGACAGAGUCGUCGCACUCGACAUGAAGAAGUAUAAGUUUAUAUGUACGUGCUACAUUACACAGAAGCUGAAGCCAGCCCCUGCCAUACAAAGCGGCUGUGCUUGGGAUGAGGGAGUGAUUGGCAUUGACAAAGACGGUUUUGCUGAGUAUAUUUACAAGAACGACGAUCUCAUUGCGGUUGCCACGGUGUAUGGUGUUUACGCCCAGAAGAGGUCGGAGAGAGAGAAAUGCAUCAAGAGCAUCAAAAAUGCGAUUCACUCUCCUAUCCCUGAGUAAAACCUAGCUCCCGAGGAAUUUAUGCUUGCGGGCAUAAAAGCUGAUGCAAACGAGGAGAAAUGAUAAUGGGAUGGCAAACUUACGCAUCGCAAAACGUAAACAAGGAGUUUGUAACUUCAACAAUGCUUGCCAAACAAAACAGAAAGGUGAAUUUGUAACUAAAGAAGUCAAAAUAACUUACAUAAAUAAGAAACAUGACAAAUGGAUCGUCUUACAGCCGAAAGAGGUAGAUACUUAAAAGUCACUUUUGCGCCAAUAUCUUUGACGAGCGCAGGCUACAACAGGUUGGGCGAGCAGAUACCUUAAUGGUCAUAUCAUAAAGUUCAUAUUCGUAAAUAUCUCAGUAUAAACUUAUGUAUGCAAAAGUUUGAAGAAUGGUUCAUAGUUAAAAUGAUACUUGGUUAAAGAACGUUGCAUUUGAGAUGGAGAAUACGAGGACAAUGUUUAGCCACGAUUCUUUGGUCAGUGGAAGGGUUAUAUAAUUAACUGCAUACUUUCUAGUUCACAUAAACUGAUAAUGAUAUCAAGAGAUAAUUACUUGUUCGAAUGGCGACGAAUUUCAAUUACUCCUAAGAAUGCCGUGACAAGUCGGCACGUAAAAUGUCACGCAUGAGCAGUCAAGGGUCGCGCGCUGCACGCCUUGCCAAUUAACACUGACUGGCACGAAAACACGCUUUAUUCGACAUGAAACAGGCGAUGAUUCGUCAACAAGUAUCCAAGUAGCUAAUAUCUCGUAAACAAGCUUUCAAAUUCCACUUCUGUGACUGGUUGACUGACUGACUGACUGACUGACUGACUGACUGACUGACUGACUGACUGGCUGAGUGACGGGCUGACUAACACUGACUGAAGGACAGAAUGGUCGACCGACUGACUGACUGACUGACCGACCGACUGACUGACUGAUUGACCGACUGACUGAUUGACUGACUGACUGACUGACUGACUGACUGAUUGACUGACUGGCUAACUAACUGAUUGACUUACUAACCCCAUUGCAAUUCCACGCCUUUUGACUGCUUCAAAAAAUGUGUACUUUAUUUGUACUUCUUAGUUGUAAAGGGAACAGUACAGCAAAGCAUUCUGUAAAUGAUGUCAGAAACGCUGUAUGAGAUAUAUAUUCGUUGUUCCUAGUUUCAGAAGACUAUGCACGAGUAUUAAACUGACAGGUGAUGAAGAGCGGAUAACUAGAAAAAUACCCAAUAUUUAAUUAGCCGAUCAUUUUAAACAGUGAAACGGUAUCAAUUUGAAUUUUAUAAUUUAGAGUAAUUUUAAAUUUAAAAAAUUGUUGUAAAAAAGGUUAUUGGUAUUUCCUACAUAAUCGUGUAUAAUCAAUAUAUAUAUUUAUGGUACAUUGGUCAUAAUAAAAAUUACCAAGCUAUUAUAAUAUUUCUUGUCUCUACUCUACAAGGCCAGUGUACGUACAUGUUCGUACUUCCUGCGUGACAGCUAUUGUUUGCUAAAAAAAAAAAAAAACCUGUGAAAAUUGUUGGAAAAAUCACCACUGGUUACCAGUCUCAUUAAGCUGAGUCCAAGUCUAAAUGUGCUGCUUCCUUAAAUGGCAAGCGCACGUCAGUCCAGCCGUGAAUGGGGAGUUGCACGAAACCAUAGCACUUGGCUGGCUCACUAAGCUUGUUAUAAAACUUGAACCGGUAAUCGGCUGGAAAUCCACAGAUUAAAACUGCGUUGACAGGUAUAUCCCCUAUAAAAUGGUGUUGUAAAUUUUCAUUAAAUCCAGGGGAGAAAAUAAACCUCAGAUUUUAGAGCUGCAGACAUUUUUUUAAAGUUUUUCCAUUACCACUCUGAUUGAGAGCUAACCCUAAUCAAGCAGACGGGAACGUGCUAAGCAGGGUCGUCUGCAAGCCUGCAAAUCUUAUGGUCUAGGUUACUGAAAUGGCCGCUUGGCCAGGGAUAGACCUUAAUACUUCUGGACUGCCCGAUGUUUUACACACACUGAGGGUUCUGGGACACCGCUUAUUUUCCCGUUAUUUUCUCCCCUCUAGGAGCCAAGAUUCGGGAAAAUAAGGCCGGAGUGUGUGUCAUUCUUCUCAUUGAUCCGCUAAACGCUCGCUUGGAGGGGAUUGGGAACGAGUUUAAGGCCUCGGAGAAAGGCUUGCCCCAGUUUUCCUCAUUUUUUCCUCGUUCAGUGACCCAAACACACCAGAGUAAAUCAGGCAAAUAGAUAAUCCUCACUUCUUUUAAAGAGCGCUAAAAUACAAACGGCACAAAACCAACUGUGGAAGAAGUCGUAAGAACUAGGCUAGACUUGAUCUCCAAAAACUCUAUUGGCAUCCCUGUGGUAACAGGGAAAACCGGUUUGCUUUUCUUGACUUUUAAUAAUAACUGCAAUUGACCGGAUUAUAGAUUAGAGAUAAAUGAACCCCCCAAGGCGAGAUUAAAUGAGAAAACAGCAAUAUUUUCGUUUUGAUUCGCGGCGCCGAGCUCAUUCAAAUUCGUUUACGCGGAUUAAGACGCAAGAGCAUAAGCAGAACUGGCCGAAGAAAAUUAAACCAUGUACAACUGAGUAAAGUGGUGAAAGUUGCGAUGGAGUAAACGACACUCUCCCAUUGCGUGACGGUUAACUGUAUAACACGUUAUCUUUAUUAUUAUUUCACAGACACGGGUUAAGCACGGGAACUUUUGUUUGUAGUCAGUGAGUCCGGAGUGAACCAAGUUAAAUCUAAUCACGCGCUGAUUACACGCAAGCAUUAUGAUAAUUUGUUAUCGAAACUGCGAAGCAGAUUUGAAAUAUUGCCUGUAUUCGUUGUCUCUAUUGCUGGUUUUCAGUGUCACGCCAUUCAAAGUAGAUCAAAAUAAAAAUCAAAACCGUUCAAUAGAUAAAGUCCAGAAGCUGAGAAAAGAUAGAAAGUAAAUGUUCAAAGACUCUCGACAAGAUUCAGGUCACAGCAAUUUUUCUUAUGCAAGAUAUGCGGAGAAACUUUUUA